AUGAGCGACAAGUAUAAGAAACGACAAAAUGGUAAGUUCCUUCUGGAAAAUCAUGUAGGGGUCUGCAAAAAGUUUCUGUUACUGCAGAUUCAUUUUUAGAAAAAUUUUCAAGAAAAUGUUGUUUUCGUUUUUGAUGAAAAUUGGCAUGAAUUUUUGGUGGGACACAGAUUUUCUUUAAAUUUUGCACAGAUUUUACGCAUAGGCCACGUUUCAAUUCCUGAAAGUUUGAGCUCUCGCUUUGCAGACUCCGCGGAAAUAUUCAACAAUUUUUGUGGCCGAGAGAGUACACUAAGCGCGGAGAGCGCUCAGAGAGAAAAAUUCUGAAGUAAUUUCUUUGCCAGUUUCGUGCAAAAAAAACUUCUUGUGGAAAUAUUACCCUUUACGGUAGGAAGGGACAAGAAAAUUUUUAAUGCAAAAAUUCAGCAAAAAGUGUCGCGGGAAAUUCAGAGGUUUCAUUUGCGAAUCCCCACAAUUUUUUUUUCUGUUGGCGAGGUCCUUCGCCAAGAAAUGUCUACAUUUAAUAGAAAUGCGAUUUGUUGUCCAAAGUUGCAUUUUGAACUACUAGCAUUUUCAUAAAGUGCGUGGACUUUUCGUCGUGAGCCGCACUGUGCAAGAAAAAUGUCAUUUUCACAGUGUCUUUCGACUUUUCAAACAAAAUCUCUGCGAUGCAACCUUUUUUCCAUUGCGCAGCCGCGAACUUUGCUCCCGCGAUAGACAAUAAAGUCUACGCACAGGGUGGUUCAGCUAAGUUCGCGGAUGUAAAAUGCUUAUAACUUUUUAUAGGAUUGUUCAAUUUUUAUGAGCAAUAGCUCAUUUUAUUCCUUAGUAGUUGCCAUUUUGUUUAAAAAAAAUAUCAUUAAAAAUGAUCAGUCCUGCGUCGAGUUAUGACCCUUCAAAGUCAAACAUGCUUUUUCACGUAAAUUUUAAAAAAAUUUACGGAUUUUUUCGGAUUUUCGGAUUUUUUUUGAUUCCAUCGUAUUCUACGCAAAAUUCUAUGACUUCUGAAGCCCACUUACAAUUUACAAUUAUCGACCGGUCGAAAGUUAUAAGCGAUUUUCGAGAUUUUUCGGAAAUUUUCAGAUUGAAGCGUGAAAAGGCAAGUUUGACUUUGAAGGGUCAUAACUCGACGUAGGAUUGAUCAUUUUUAAUGAUCUUUUUUUUAAACAAAAUGGUAACUACUAAGGAAUAAAAUGAGCUAUUGCUCAUAAAAAUUGAACAAUCCUAUAAAAAGUUAUAAGCAUUUUACAUCCGCGAACUUAGCUGAACCACCCUGUACUUUACGAAAGUGCUAUUCUCAGUAUGACUGGAAAAUAAUGACCGCAAUAUCGCCGCGCCAAUAGCGUCGCUGAACGAAAGUGCUAGCAUUUUUGAUCACCAUCAUCCAUAAGAAAUCCAAAAUUCACUUCUAUUUUCCCUUCCUUGCUAAAUCGAGCCGCUCUCACUUCUCACUGCCGCUCUCCCUCUCUGCCCCCCAAAAACAAAAAAAAAAAAACACGCAAAAAAUUAUGUUUCGAAGACUUUCGAAUUUCGAAGGCUUUUGCAAAAAAAGCAAAACAUUUUUUUUUUCUUUUUUCGGGAGCCUGUUUGAUCCAGUUCUUUAUCUUCCAAUCCGAAAAUGCACGUAUUUCGUUUCUGCCGUUGGGUGUUUAGAAAUAAAAGGCAUUUCCAAGCGGAUGAUCGCUUGUUUUUCUCUGUUGUAGUAAUUUUUUGGUUGUUUUUGUGGGAAAAAUUGGAAAAGUUGGGAGGUUUGGAAUUUUUUGCGAUUUUUUAAAGUUUUUUGAUGAGAAACGCGGGAUCUUUGAGUGGGAAUUUGGGGUAAAAUACGGUAAUUGAUCGAUUUUUGUUGCUGGAACAGUCAUCAGGAAGGUGAAAAAUUUGACAUUUUCUACGAAAAAUCGAUUUUUUUGCGAUUUUUUGAAUUUUUGUCUGAUUUUUUGUUUUUCAAAUUUUUUAUCGUGUAAAAUAAGGUAAAAUACGAUGUGUAAUUGAUUUCUGCGGCUAGAAAUGUAAACAGAAGCAUAAAGAAUGUGAUAUUUUAGACGAAAAUCCGGUAUUUUCAAGAUUUUUUAGAGAUUUUUGCUGAUUUUUCUCGUUUUUUCAAAAUUUUUCAUAUAAAACAGAGUAAAUAAAAUGCGAUGAACAAUUAAUUGCUGUUGCUAGACAAAUAAGGAACAAAACGAAAAAUUUUGAUAUAUUUUUUUCCGAGAUUCUUUGACAUUUUUUAUGAUUUUUCUCAAUUUUUCAAAUUUUUUCGUACAAAACAAGGUAAAAUACGACGACUAGUUGAUUUCUUCUGUUAGAAAAGUAAUCAGGAAGAUGAAAAAUUUGAUAUUUUUAACGAAAACGUUUUUUGAUAUUUUUUUUCCUAAAAUUUUUCAUAUAAAAUAAGGUAAAAUACGCCGUUUGCAACCUUUGCAGCUUCAUCCCCCACUUGUUCUCUCUUUAUCACCACAGAUCGCAACAUUUUGCGAUAAAAAUUUUUUAUUAAAAAAAACAAUUUUUUCUCUACUUUUAUCACCUUUUCUCCCAAAAAGUCGGAUUUUCAGAGUUUUAUCGGAUGACAGACGCUUCCAAUCCCAUUGCCUAUGGAGUUCGCUAUGUUUUGGAGGUGUUUCGAUGGAUUUUCUUUGUCAUUUAUUCCAUUGGCAGGGGAAUUUUCCGGACAAUCGUUCCGAACUCAGUGUUGCGGAAGAAGAGUUUGAAUGGAAAGGUGGGGAUUAUCUAAUAUGUAUUGCGUCUUUUUGAACAAUCUUUGUGCUGGAUUGGACUCUAAACUUUAGAGCUCAAAGGUUGAGAAUUAUUUUCAAUGAAAAUUGGGAUAAAAGAAAAAAAUUUUUCCUAUAAAAUAUUACAAUUACUAUAAAAAGCUCAAAUGUGCGACGCACAGAUUUUCUUGAAAUUGCACACAUGUCAUAUGGUCCAGACAUCAAUUCCUGAAAGUUUUAGCCCACGCUUUGCAGGCGCAGCCGAGAUAUUGAACGAUCUUUGCGACCGAGAGAGUACGCGAAACGUGGAGAGUGGUCAGAGAGAAGAACAAUUUUUGGCCAUAGCUUUGCAAGUUUCGAACGGAAAAUUUUUUUUUUGGGAAACUUUAUUUUCUACAGUAGGAAUAGGUAUGCAUAAAAAAAUUGAUUUUUUGUGGAAAAAUUACUCUCUACGGUAGAUAUAGACUUUUUAUGCUAAAAUUUGCCAAAAAUUGGCUCUUAUACGCCUACUUUCGGCCUAAAAAUCUCGGUUGUUUUUGCUCAGUGCAAGCUAAAAAUCAUGGAUAUACCUUAGAAAAAAAUUCUAUAUAUUUCUCAAGUUAUAUCAGAAUCCGAGCGUCGCAAUUGGAGUACUUCCACUGUGCCUACUUUUUUAAUUUUCACCAACUUUUGGCCCAAAAAUCUCAAUAACUUUUGCAAAAUGCGAGUUCAUAAGUUCCCUCAAUCUCGUUCAAAAUCUUAGCCAUGAACUUGCACCUCUUCCUCCCUCGGUUUCUCGCUUCAAAGUCAUCAGAAAAACCCUGCUUCACCUCUAUUCCAUCCACAUUUUCAGACCAUUCUUCUGACCGGUGCUGGCGGUGGAAUUGGCCGAGAACUGGCCAAACAAUUGGCCGAGCAAGACGCUCGAUUAGUCCUAUGGGAUCUGAGUUCCGUCGGUAAUGACGAAACAGCACAGAUUUGUCAGAAAAUUGGGGCAAAAGUGUACUGUCAAACGGUCGAUGUGACGGAUAGGAAAGCGGUUUACCGAGCCGCGGACGAGUUGAGGAAUGACUUUGGAGAGCCGGAUAUUCUAAUCAACAACGCCGGAGUUCUGAAUGCGUCACCGUUUUUGGAGUGUAAUGAUGAUAAGAUGUCCAAGUUGAUCGAUGUGAAUACGAAGUCGUUGUUUUGGGUAAGAGAGUACUUAUUUUUAUAUCGCGCUAUGCAGAAACAACCGACAAUUUUAGAUCAAAAUUUGGUAAAAAUGAGAUUUUUUUUUGACGAAUUUUGGCAUGAAAAGUUUCAUGUCUAUUUCUACUCUGGAGGGUAAUAUUUCCACAAAAAAUCAAUUUUUUCCGCUCGAAAUUAUCAAAGAUAUGGCCUAAAAAUGUUCUUCUCUUAAAACCUCUGUACAACCAACUCAUUCAUAACAAAACUUUUAUAUUAUGAACGCCUUUAUAGGUCCAAGGGUCAACUAUUCUUCCACAAAAAAUCAGUUUUUUCCGCUCGAAAUUAUCAAAGAUGGUCUAAAAAAGAGUUUUCUCUCUGACCGCUCUCCACUUUUAGCGUACUCUCUCGGCCGCAAAGGGAAAAAUCAUUCAAUAUUUCGACUGCGCCUGUAAAAUGCAAGCUAAAACUUUGAGGAAUUGAUAUAAGGCCUAUGUCCGAAAUGUAAUCUUUACCGCUGAGAGAGUACGCAAAACGCGGAGAGCGGUCAGAGAAAAGAAACAAUUUUUGGCAAUAUCUUUGCCGGUUUCGUGCGGCAAAAAUUGAUUUUUUGUGGAAACAUUAACGUCUGUAGUAGAAACAGGCAUGCAACUUUUCAUCACAAAAUCCACAAAAAAAUAUUUAAUUUUUUCCAAUUUUCCACCUAAAAAUUUUGGUUUUCUCAGCUAAGCGCGCGAUAAAAUUUUCAUUAAUUUUAUGGCUAAAAAAUCUAUUUAUCACUGACCAAAUUAACAAGACAUUUUUGUCUUCAGGUAACCAAAGCAUUCCUCCCGAAAAUGGUCGACCGCGGCAGUGGGCAUGUUGUAACGCUCGCGUCGAUUGCCGCAAUCCUCGGAGCCCCCUUGCUGGUCGAUUAUGCGGCCUCAAAACACGCAGCUUUCGGAUUUAUGCAGUCGUUGCAACUCCAACUCCAACUGAUGAAAGCGCCACCAAUUGCGUUCACAACAAUAUGCCCCUAUUACACAACUACCCCGAUGAUAAAUGAUCUCAAGCAAGUUACACUUUUUGCUUUUAUAAUAUUCGUUGUACAGGUCGCAAAUAGUCGACAGUCGCUUCGCAUUGCUGACGUCGGAAUACGUGGCCAAGAAGACGAUCGAGGCCAUACGACUGGAGCAACGGGUUCUGAUCAUGCCCAACGAAAUGGCCGCGUUUUAUUCAAUUUUCAGCCUUCUCCCAUGGAAUCUCGGAGAGUCAAUCAUCCUUCGACGUCGGGUAUAUUGA